AUGUCCGGCAUCAACUCCCCCGAGCUCCUCGCCGCCUACGAGGCCGUCCGCAGCGACAAGGACGAGACCAAGUGGCUGCUCAUCUCGUCGGGCACGACCAGCAAGCAGAUGGGCCUGCAGGAGUCGAGCAGCGAGUCCUUCGAGGCGAUGGUCGACAAGCUGGCCGACGACCAGAUCCAGUACGCCUACGCCCGCGUCGAGUACGCCAACGACUCGGAGAGCACGCGCGUCAAGUUUGCCCUGAUAAUAUGGAACGGGCCCAACGUCCACUCGGCCAAGCGCUUCAAGAUGCUGUCCGAGGUCCAGGAGGUCAAGAAGGUCCUGCACCACUACAGCAAGGAAUUCAACGCCGACGACAAGCGCGACCUCGUCUUCGCCGACAUCGUCAAGGAGCUGCGGAGGUCCGGCGGCGCAGACUACAACGGCGGGCGCGGCUAG